AUGGCCGCUCCUUCCAUCCCUAAUCUCAACAGCCUUCGAGGUCGAACAGGUCUUCGACGAGGCAGAGGACGCGGCCGCCCUACAGAUCCAGACGCCCCAGAAGAAGACGUUCAAGAUGCUCGCGACAAAAUCAUUCGUCAGACCGACGGCGACGCUUCCAAUUCCCGACUGAGUGCUGUCACGCUCGGUUACUUGAAUGACGAAUAUGCCACAUGUUUUCUCCAAGGCCAAAUACCGAGACGAUACCCUCUGAUCAAUCGUGGCACCUAUGUCCGCACCUCAGCUAUCGAUCGUCUAGUCGACAACUUUCUCGCUGCCACAAUCGAUGCAAACACCGAGAAUGCAUCCACUGCUCCUCUGGCCCAAAUCAUCUCACUGGGCGCCGGCUCCGACACUCGAUUCUUUCGUCUGUCCCCCAGCCGUAGACACCAAGUCCUCUACCACGAGCUCGACUUCCUCGACAAUGUCCGCGACAAACUCUCGGCAAUCUGCUCGACACCAAAACUCAAGAUCAUGCUCGGCCUCAUGACCAUGUCCGCCGACAAGUCCUCCCUCCAGUCUCCCAACUAUAGCCUCCACUCCCUCGAUCUACGCGACCUUGCCGGCUCUGCUCCACUCUCGAUACCAAACCUCGCUUCCAAUCUCCCCACCUUGCUGAUCAGCGAAUGUUGUCUCUGCUACCUACCACCCCAAACAACUUCUUCCAUCCUCUCUCACUUCACCACCCUCAUCCCCUCCGCCCCUCUGGCAAUUAUCCUUUACGAACCCAUUCGCCCUUACGAUUCUUUCGGCAAAACCAUGAUCACAAACCUCGCUUCCAGAGGCAUAGAACUGCAGACCGUACGCCGCUACUACUCUCUCGCUGCCCAGCGCUCCCGUCUCGCCUCUGCUGGAUUUAGCUCAGGCCAAGGCGCCGCCGAUGUCGAGCAAAUCUACUAUGGCAAUGAGUGGGUGAGUGAGGCAGAAAGAGAUAGAGUGGAGAGGCUAGAAUGGCUGGAUGAGGUUGAAGAGUGGAAGUUGUUGGCUUCACAUUAUUGUGUUGCUUGGGGGUGGAGAGAUGGAGAGGAAAAGGUGUUUACAGAGGCGUGGAAGAAUGUUAGUGGAAGAAGGACUGAUAAAGAGGUUGUUGAUGACGAGGUCAUGUAG